GGAGAAUCAAUUAAAAUGUAUGCAACAGGUAGAGUUUUAAAUGAUGAAGAGGUAAUGAAAGUUUUUAAUAAAUGGUAUAAUAGGUAUAAAAACAACGAUCCUUUUUCGUCAUUUGCUGUAUUUUUAAAUAACGAGUUUAUAGGUCAUUCAACAUUAGGUCACUCUGGACAUCCAGGUAUCUCGGAAUGCAGUAUACUAUUAUUAAAACCCUAUUGGGGUAAGGGAUAUGGAUAUGAAAUAUCAAAUACCAUGGUCAACGAAUAUUCGCAUACCCUAAUCGAAGAAAAUUAUUUAAUAGAUGGCGAACCAUUAAAAAAAGUGUUGGCUACUGCAAGAACUGAUAAUAUACCAUCAAAUAAAAUGUUAAUGAAAUGUGGUUUUAAAAAAACAAAAGAAAAUAUAUUAUAUGGGAAUAAUAGAAAUUUUUAUGAACUAAAUAUAAAUAAAUAAAUAAUUAAGAG